AUGUCUGUGUCCUUAAUGUUAACGUCCUCCAGGUUCUCUGAUGAUUCCGAUGUUCCUGUUCCUAGAAGACCCCGAGUUUUUCGAGACAGAUCCGAUCCUUUCGAUAGAUACGACGAUAUCGACUUUAAGCAAAGGGAUCGGUUUUCAAAAAAUAGCCUAGUGGAAAUUUUAAAUCAGAUUGGAGACCGCUUAGAUCCUGUGACAAACCUUAACAGGGCUCUAAGCAGUAGAGAACAACUCCUGAUUUGUCUCAGAUUCUAUGCAACAGGAGCAUUUCAACAAUUAAUUGGGGAUUCUGUUUUGGAUGACAUGCUGAAAAUGCCUACCGUGCAAGAAAUACCAACAAUACACCGAAAAUUCUUCGAAAUCCGGGGUUUUCCGUGUGUGAUAGGAGCAAUAGGUGGUACUCAUAUACCAAUCCAAUGGCCAGGCCUUCAAAUAAGACAAAUCAUAGCUCGCUGGCCAGGAUCUGUCCACGAUUCCACCGUUUUUAAUGACUGUCCGUUACUUGCUGAAUUAGAACGAAGAAUGUAUGGCGCUGGAUACCCUCUUGGAGAUAGGGCCUACGCAUGCAAAAAAUAUCUUUUGACGCCAUUUAUUAAUCCAAGAAACAGGGCUGAGGAAGCAUAUAAUGCUUCACACAAAGGAACCAGAAAUACAGUUGAAAGGUGCUUUGGAGAUCUGAAACGUCGCUUUCCAGUUUUGUCUAUGGGAUUGCGACUAAAAAUGAAAACCACUAUGAUGACAAUCGUCGCCUGUGCAAUUUUGCAUAACCAGGCAAUUAUUUUUAAAGAUGACUGGCCAGAAGAUCACCUCGAAAUUGAGGAAGACGAUGGAGUCAUAGGUGGGGAACACGUAGAAGGAAAUUUUGCUGUGAGCUUCUAA